UAUGUAAUAUUUAUUGAGGUAUUAACAAAUAACAAAAUUUAUUAGUUUUAUUGGUGUUUAAUUAAUUCAAUGGACUGUUAAAAGAAGUGAUUAACUUUAAAUCAAAUGGGCCAAAAUUCUAGUCAAUUCUCUGCUGAAGAGUUAAAUGACUAUCAGGAUCUCACUUAUUUUACAAAAAAAGAAGUUUUGAUUGCACAUGAAAAGUUCAAGUCAUUAGCUCCUGAAAAAGUGGGACAUAAUAAAAAUGCUAAAUUAGCUCUAAACAAGGUCCUUAAGCUACCUGAAUUAGCGGCUAAUCCUUUUGGUGAACGUAUGUGUCAAGUAUUCAGUUCUAGUCAGGAUGGGGAUUGUACAUUUGAAGAUUUUUUGGACAUGAUGUCAGUAUUUAGUACUAUGGCACCUGCUGAUGUAAAGGCUGAACAUGUCUUUAGAAUUUUUGAUUUUGAUGGUGAUGACAUGUUGGGUGUUGGAGAUAUAAAAAAAGUAAUUCAAUGCUUAAUUGGAGAACAAAAUGCCUUUAAUGAUAAUGAUCUUAAACGAUUGGUUCAAAAAAUAUUUGAAGAAGUAGAUUUUGAUGACGACGGCGCGCUUUCAUUUUCUGAAUUUGAACAUGUAACUGACAUGUGUCCAGAUUUUGUUAAGGGGACAAUAAUGAUAUCUUCCAAUUUUGUAGCAACGAGCUAGCGAUGACGUGAUAUUAUUGUGACUCAGGAUUUCCUAUAAUAAGUUAUUAACUAAUGGGUGCCUAUAUCCUAUUACAGUAGUCACUCGAUAAUUCAAAAUUUAAGGUACCAAGUUUCAAAUUUGAUUUAUAGAAGUUUUCGAUUUACCGAGUGUUCGAAUAAUCGAGGGAAAAAAUUAAUUUAAAUUUAAAAGAGUUGARAAAUUGUAUGUAUGUACA